AUGUGUGGGAUUUUCGCCUACCUGAAUUACAACGUCAAUCGAGAACGCAGUUACAUUUUGGAAGUUUUGUUUAAUGGCCUCCGGCGUUUGGAGUACAGAGGCUAUGAUUCCGCCGGUAUCUCCAUUGAUGCUUCCCCUGUUGCCGGGGUCCCAUUGACAUCAAACCACAAUUCGAAUUCCGGUUCUGGGCUUCCUCCUCUUGUGUUUCGGCAAGAAGGGAAGAUCGAAUCCCUUGUCAAAUCCGUUUACCAAGAGGUUGCUGAGACAGAAUUGAAUUUGGAAGAAUCAUUUUCCAUUCAUGGUGGAAUCGCCCAUACACGAUGGGCAACUCAUGGUGAGCCAGCUCCAAGAAAUAGUCACCCACAGAGCUCUGGUGCUGGAAAUGAUUUUCUGGUGGUCCACAAUGGGAUUAUCACAAAUUAUGAGGUAUUGAAAGAGACAUUAGUUCGACAUGGAUUCACUUUUGAAUCAGAUACAGACACAGAAGUCAUUCCAAAGCUUGCUAAAUUUGUUUUUGACAAUGCAAAUGAAGAAGGUGAUAUGAGUGUAACAUUCAGUCAAGUUGUACUUGAAGUUAUGCGGCAUCUGGAAGGAGCUUAUGCUCUUAUUUUUAAAAGCCGACAUUACCCAAAUGAAUUGAUUGCUUGUAAACGUGGCAGUCCGUUACUCCUUGGUGUUAAAGACCUUGAAGACGAGGGCACUAAUGGAGCAUCAUUUAGUGAUGCAAAAUUUCUUUCAAGCAACCAGCAUCCCAAAGAACUGUUCCUGUCAAGUGAUGCUAGUGCAGUUGUUGAACACACAAAAAAGGUUUUGGUAAUUGAGGAUGGUGAAGUUAUUCAUUUGAAGGAUGGAGGUGUGUCAAUAUUCAAGUUUGAACAAACGAAGGGGAAACGUGGUGGUACACUUAGUAGACCUGCUUCUGUUGAACGUGCAUUGUCUGUUCUUGAGAUGGAGGUUGAGCAAAUAAAUAAAGGCAAAUACAAGCAUUAUAUGCAAAAGGAGAUUCAUGAGCAACCUGAAUCCCUAACAACUACGAUGCGAGGAAGGUUAAUACGUGGAGGGUCAUGCAAAGCCAAAAGUGUCCUUUUAGGUGGACUGAAAGACCAUCUAAAGACUAUCAGGAGAAGCAGAAGAAUUGUCUUUGUAGGUUGUGGCACUAGUUAUUUUGCUGCUUUAGCCGCAAGACCUUUUGUGGAAGAACUUUCAGGUAUACCUGUAACCAUGGAAGUUGCUAGUGAUUUAGUUGAUAGGCAGGGUCCUAUAUACAGAGAAGAUACAGCUGUAUUUGUUAGUCAAUCUGGCGAAACUGCGGAUACACUGCAAGCUUUAGAUUAUGCUUUAGAAAAUGGAGCAUUAUGUGUUGGGAUCACCAACACUGUUGGAAGUGCUCUUGCUAGGAAAACACACUGUGGGGUCCAUAUUAAUGCUGGUUGUGAGAUAGGUGUAGCAAGCACUAAGGCAUACACCAGCCAAAUAGUAGUUAUGGCUAUGCUGGCUCUUGCUGUUGGAGGUGACACGAUUUCAAAUGGAGAUAGAAGAGAAGCAAUAGUAGAUGGUCUAUUUGAUUUGCCAAGCAAAGUGAAAGAGGUUCUCAAGCUUGAUCAGGAAAUGAAAGAUCUUGCAGAACUAUUAAUUAAAGAGCAAUCACUUCUAGUCUUUGGAAGAGGGUACAAUUAUGCAACAGCCUUAGAAGGUGCUUUGAAGGUAAAGGAGGUUGCUCUCAUGCAUAGUGAAGGAAUACUUGCAGGGGAAAUGAAACAUGGCCCCUUGGCUUUAGUUGAUCAGAACCUCCCAAUUGUUGUGAUUGCUACUCGUGACGCUUGCUUCAGCAAACAGCAAUCAGUCAUUCAGCAACUUCAUGCCCGGAAAGGUCGCCUGAUAGUGAUGUGCUCAGAAGGGGAUGCAUCAUCUGUAUCGGUCGGUGGAUCUUGUCGAGUUAUUGAAGUUCCCCAUGUUGUGGACUGUCUGCAGCCUGUAAUUAACAUAAUUCCAUUACAGUUGUUGGCGUAUCAUCUUACUGUUCUACGAGGUUAUAAUGUUGACCAGCCACGGAAUCUUGCGAAGAGUGUCACAACGCAAUAA